CAAACCCGGAAAUUCUUCUUCCUUUCUCAUCUUCUCCAAUACAUAUCUUCAAAUCAUUUUUUUUUCCUUUAAUUAUUUAAUUAUUAUUCUUCUUAUUUUACUGGUCCGUUUCGAAACCAUUAAAAGCUCUCUCACAAACCUCACCGGUUUCGAACCUAACAAACGCACAUUUAUAGUUUCACAUACAUAUAUACAAACACACACAUACAUACAUACAUAUAUAUAUAUAUAUAUAAUAUAAGUAUAUACCCACCCGCCUCUUCAUUCUCUUUUCUCCUUAAUUUCUCUAAACUCUGUAUUUAUUGUUAAAAUCUAACUUACACUCUCACAUUAAUCUUUUUCUUUGGAUAAGUCUCUCUCCGUCGGCUCUGUUCUUCUCUUCUUCUUUGUUUCUGAUAUUACUCUGUUACCGUUAUCACGAAAUUUUGUAGAAGCUGGAUCAGUGAUCUCAUUUUCAGGUCCUCACAAAAGUAUUGUUAAUUUCAACCAUGUUGUCAAGAUCUUGCAUUAGCUUGUUGGAAUUGGCAUCUGGGGACAUGUUGAAUUUCCCACAAACCCCUAGAAAUCUUCCGAGAGUGAUGACCGCUCGGAGAAUCAUUUCCGACAUAGACGAAGGGUUAAGAUCUCCCUCACCUGAAUGCUGCGAAAAGAAAAUUAUAGUGACAAAUUUUUUGCCCCUACAUGCUCAAAAGGAUGCGAAAUCGGGGAAAUGGUGCUUCAGUCUCGACGAGGAUUCACUUUCAUUGCAACUUAAGGACGGUUUCCCCUCCGGUAGUAAGGUUGUUUUUGUAGGAUCUUUGAAGGUUGAUGUAGACUCAAGUGAACAGGAAGAAGUUUCUCAGAAACUGCUUGAGGAGUUUAGUUGUGUCCCCACAUUCAUUCCUUCUGAAAUUCAGAAGAAGUUUUAUCAUGGAUUUUGUAAGCAAUAUUUGUGGCCUCUUUUCCAUUACAUGCUGCCGAUGUGCCUGGACCAUUGUAAUCGUUUCGACCGCCAGCUUUGGCAGGCCUAUGUUUCCGCUAACAAAAUAUUUGCAGAUAAGGUCAUGGAGGUGAUCAAUCCAGAAGAAGAUUAUGUUUGGGUUCAUGACUAUCACCUCAUGAUUCUACCUACUUUUUUGCGAAAGCAUUUCACUCGAGUAAAGCUCGGGUUUUUCCUCCAUAGUCCAUUCCCCUCAUCAGAAAUCUACCGGACACUCCCAGUCAGAGAUGAGAUUCUUCGGGCACUACUAAAUGCAGACUUGAUUGGUUUUCACACAUUCGACUAUGCCCGCCAUUUUCUGUCAUGUUGCAGUAGAAUGCUUGGUCUUGAGUAUGAGUCUAAGAGGGGCUACAUUGGAGUCGAAUACUUCGGCCGCAGGGUUAACAUAAAAAUUCUGCCAGUGGGGAUCCAUAUGGGCCGCCUCCAAUUCGCGCUAAAUCACCCAUUAUCUUCCACCAAGGCUAAAGAGAUUCAAGAGCAAUUCAAGGGGAAAAAACUGAUUUUAGGAGUUGAUGACAUGGACAUCUUUAAAGGCAUAAGUCUAAAGUUGUUGGCUUUGGAACAACUUUUGAUUCAGCAUCCUCGGUUGCUCGGCAAAGUAGUUCUUGUUCAAAUUGUGAACCCAGCAAGGAGCACAGGAAAGGAUGUUCAAGAAGCCAAAAGGGAAACAUACAUGACAGUUAGAAGAAUCAACCAGACUUUUGGUUUUCCAGGCUAUGAACCUGUUGUUUUAAUCGACCGAAAUGUUCCUCUACUCGAGAAAACUGUAUAUUACUCUCUGGCAGAAUGUUUCAUUGUAAAUGCUGUUAGAGAUGGUAUGAAUCUAAUGCCGUAUAAGUAUACAGUAUGUAGGCAGGGGACUCCAAAAAUGGAUGAAGCUUUAGGAAUCUCCUCUGACUCCCCACGGACAAGUACUCUUGUUGUUUCGGAGUUCAUAGGUUGUUCGCCGUCUUUAAGUGGAGCAAUCAGGGUAAAUCCAUGGGACAUAGAAGCAGUAGCUGAUGCGCUCAAUUUGGCAAUCACAAUGCCUAAUUUAGAGAAGCAGUUGCGACAUGAGAAGCACUACCGGUACAUCAGCUCUCAUGACGUAGCCUAUUGGGCACGCAGUUUUUUCCAGGACUUGGAACGAGCCUGCAAAGAUCACUAUAGUAAACGCUGUUGGGGGAUCGGUUUCGGUCUGGGUUUCAGAAUUUUGUCCCUUUCCCCGAGUUUUCGAAAGCUGUCUAUCGAACAUAUUCUCUCCACGUAUAGGAGGACUAGUCGAAGGGCGAUAUUUUUGGAUUAUGAUGGAACAGUGGUGCCUCAAGCUUCGAUCUCUAAAGUCCCCAGUCCUGAAGUUAUAUCUGUUUUGAACAACCUUUGCAGUGAUCCCAAGAACACUGUUUUUAUAGUUAGUGGUAGGGGAAAGAACUCUCUUGGUGAUUGGUUUUCUCAAUGUGAGAAGCUUGGUAUAGCAGCCGAGCAUGGAUAUUUCGUAAGGUGGAGUAGUACAUCAAAUUGGGAAACCAGUCCCUUGGCUGCAGAUUUUGAUUGGAAACAAAUUGCUGAGCCUGUGAUGAAAUUAUACACAGAGGCUACUGAUGGCUCCUAUAUAGAGCACAAGGAGAGUGCUUUUGUAUGGCACCAUCAAGAUGCUGAUCCUUACUUCGGAUCUUGCCAGGCUAUGGAACUCUUGGAUCAUCUCGAAAAUGUUCUCACAAAUGAGCCUGUGGUCGUUAAGCGGGGACAGCAAAUCGUCGAAGUUAAGUCACAGGGAAUUACUAAAGGUUUAGUCACAGAGAAGGUUCUUUCAAGGAUGAUCGAGAAUGGGAAGCCAAUAGAUUUUGUGAUGUGCAUUGGGGAUGACAGAUCCGAUGAGGACAUGUUUGAAAGCAUACUGCGCAUUGCUUCUGAUUCGUCUCUCCCUGCAGCUCCCGAGAUAUUUGCAUGCACUGUUGGCCAGAAACCGAGCAAAGCUAAGUACUAUCUGGAUGAUACAUCUGAUGUCAUGACAUUGCUCCAAGGCCUAGCUGCUUCAAGUCUCAAAUCAAGGCCUGCCGCCGAAAUUCAAGUCUCUUCCCAGAUUGUUGUUUGAGACACAAGCCGGGGUUGUGCGCACCUAUGAUGUCGAUGCCCCUUGCAAUGUGCGCGGAUAUAUAGUACAAGAAUUCAUGAUUAACUCCUUACAAUUGGUGCUAACAUAUUCAUUCCUGGAAGGUCGGAUUUCGCAGCUUCAUGUUUCUUACUGACUUGCAGUGCUUUCAUGAAGCUCCGGGUUUGUUUAUACUUUCGGAAGUUGGAAACAGUUUAGAUAUGAAGUUGCAUCUUUAAACACAGUCAGUAAAUGGGGUUUUAACCUCCUAGUUCACAGGCUCAGGUUUAUUUUACUCUUACUUAGUGUUUAUAGACACAAGAGCAUCAUUAGUUUGUACAUAUGGAUUGUCUUUGCUCUUAACAUGAAAUCAUUCUUUCUUUGAAAGUGAAAGUUGGUUUUUUUGUUUU